GAUCAUAUCGCUUCAUUUACAUAUAGUUUUCGCUUUAUGCGUGAUAAACGUUUAUUCUACUCCCUUUAUUCAAUUAUUCUCGAUCCUUGAUUCUUGAUCCGAUUAAUAAUGUGUUGAGUGUCCAGACCUCGAGACAAAAGUGAAAGUAAAAACGUAAAAAUGAAAGUAAAGGUUGGUCAGCCGACAUCUUACAAACAUGAGCGUCCGUCAGAAAGAAGCAGUCUUUUUUUGCAAUAAUUUAUAGUAGACAUGUUUGUUUUCGUUAAUAUUUGUGUAUAUUUAAAGAUGCAUUUGUCCAGUUGUUUUUUUAUGUCAGUAUUGCUAAUGAUCGCGGAUGGGUUCACAGUGAAGGGUCCGUCAGGUCCUCUGGUUGUUCCUCUGGGAGGGUCAGUUCUUCUGCCCUGUUCUGUUGAUAACCCCUUACCAGUGGAUAAUCUGGAGGUGGAAUGGAGAAGAUCAGACUCACAGACUCUCAUUCAUCUGUAUCAAUAUGGAGAUAUUAGACCAGAAGCUCAGAAUGAUGAUUAUUCUGGCAGAGCUCAUUUCUUCACUGACGACAUUAAACAUGGAAACUUCUCCCUCCUGAUGAAGAAUGUGACAGCUGAGGAUGAAGGACAAUAUACAUGUACAGUUCACAGCGGACAAGAGUCUGGUGAAACUGUGCUGGAAAUAUCAUUACAGUAUGUUGGUUUGUCUGGUUUACACAUAAUGGUGUUGAUUCUCUGUAUUGCUGCAUGUGGAUCUGCUCUUCUGUUCUUAUCUCUCAUCUACUGCAGAACACACAAAGAAGAAUUUUUUGUGAAACAUUCUAGUCGAUCAUUUAUUCCUCUGGGAGAUUCAGUGGUUCUGCCCUGCUUCAUUGAUCCACGUUUACUAACAGAGAGUCUUAAGGUGGAAUGGAGAAGAUCAGACUCACAGACUCUCAUUCAUCUGUAUCAACAUGGAGCAGAGGAUCAACAGCAUGAUAGAGCUCAUGUCUUCACUGAGAAAAUCAAACAUGGAGACUUCUCCCUUCAGCUGAAGAAUGUGACAGCUGAAGAUAAGGGACAAUACACAUGUACAGUUUACAGUGGACAAAAUUCUGUGUUUACCAUCAGCACAAAACUGAUACUUGGGUUAUUUGGGAAUCGCUCAUUUGUUCCUCUGGGAGAUUCAGUGGUUCUGCCCUGUUCCAUUAAUCCAAGUUUACUAACAGAGAGUCUUAAGGUGGAAUGGAGAAGAUCAGACUCACAGACUCUCAUUCAUCUGUAUCAACAUGGAGCAGCGGUUCAGCAGCAGGAUUAUCGUAAAAGAGCUCAGUUCAUCACUGAGAAAAUCAAAGAUGGAAAUUUCUCUCUCCAGUUGAAGAAAGUAAAGGCUGAAGAUGAAGGAGAAUACACAUGUCAAGUUUACAGUGAGGAAGGAUCUACAUUGUCAUUCAACAGCAUUUUAAAACUGAGAUUUGUUGUGGAUUGCACUGUUGUUUCUCUGGGAGGUUCAGUGCGUCUGCCCUGUUUUGGUCCACGUUUACGAACAGAUAGUCUUAAGGUGGAAUGGAAGAGAUCAGAGACUCUGGUUCAUCUGUAUCAAGAUGGAGAUAUUAGAUCUGAGGAGCAGCAUCAGGAUUAUCAUGAUAGAGCUCAUUUCUUCACUGAUAACAUUAAACAUGGAAACUUCUCCCUUCGGCUUGAUCAUAUGAGAGCUGAAGAUGAAGGACAAUACAAAUGUGAAGUUUACAGUGGACAGAGAUCUGUAUCUUCAGCCAACACAAGAUUGACCCUGAGACUAAUACAGACAGCUCUCCGUCUCCAAAUGUUUCUAGUCUUCUGUCCAAAUAUCAUCAUGUUUUUUGCUUUUGUCUUCUGGGGUGCUUCUGAAGGAUCUGUGAUUGAGACGGUCUCCUGUUGUUCUCUUUAUAUUCUCAGACCUCUCAUGUUGCUCUGGGCUGCUCCAUAUGUUCAACAGUUUACAGGCAACAUUAAAACAUGGAUCCUGCUUUACAGUUAUGACACAGAAUAUAUUGUUUUCUCAACUGUUCUUUAUUCAGUUCUUUUUUAUUCCGCCUGGGGAAGAGGUCUGAAUUAUGCUGGAUUUGAAGGCAUUAUGAUAAUAGUGCUCUUUGGAUUCGUUCUUCUGUUCUGCCUCUUCUAUAGUAUUUUCAUGUUUGCUAGAAUCUCUGGGAAAUUAAGCCAACGGGUGAUUAAUAUAUUCAAUGUUCUGGCUAAUAUAUUCUCUGAUGUCCUGCCCUCAUUACAAUUCGUCCUCCUGAUCUACUCUUUUGGAUCAACCAGAGGAGGUUUAUUCAUUGUUGCAGUUUUACCUGUGAUACUAACUGUGACCAAUUACAGUUGGGAUCUUUUAUGUGGAGAUAUGAUGGGCUGUUCACCUUUGGUCAGGAGGUCAGUGUGGUCUGUGUUGAUGUUAUUGGUGACUGCAGUAAUGAUGUUUUUCUACAUCAUGGCACUGGAAAAUGAAAAAGAUCAAGUUGGAUGGGCCUGUAAAAUAGCAUUUCUACAAGUAUUAUGGACAAUUUGGAACUUUUCCAGGUCAUUUAGCGAUACAGAUUUUCCUCGCAUCAUGUCUGUGUAUGUGUUUGGAUCAGUUGGUGUUGUUUUAAUCAGCGCUGUCGCUCUGAUGACUGAACUGAUACUGAAAAUAGUUAAUGGUGAAGGUCUAAUAGGGGAUCUGAGAAUCGUCGUGUUUUCCUUAGAAACUCUCUUUAUCGCAUCAGUGCUGAUUUUACUGGUAUUUGCAUCAUGGAUCAAACCGUGUCUGCAGUCCUGUCAGGCUAGAGCAAAAUGUAAACGAACCCGAAAACCACCUUCUCCAGAUGCAACAGGAACCGAAAUGAAUCCUCUGAAUACACAAGCUGGUGAAGCUCAGCCUGAUUCAGUGGAAUCACAAACAUGAGAGGAGAUCAUUCUGGAUUCAUCUCAAACACUCAUGAGCUCUGGCACACUGAGACCGUUAUUUUAUAUGUAAUGCCGAAGGUUUUGAGACGGUUUUCUUUUGGCAAUUUGAAAAUGGGUGUAAAUAUCCUUUUGUGAUAAAACAGUUGCUUUUGUUAUAUAGAUUGAUUUUUAAGAUCCGGCUGUAACUUCAACAGUAUAAACCGUACAUGAAUUUGUCCAUUUGUUUUUGAUCAGAAUUAUAAGAAGUUUCAGACAGUUUGUAAUGACUCUGCAAUCUUAUCGACUUGUGUUUUUAUAAAGUGCCGAUAUGGAUAGUUGUUCAUGAAAACACAACAGCAAAAGCAAAUAUAAUGCAUUAAAUGUGAUUGUUACCAUGUUGUUAUAUGUGGAAAAAGCAUAACUUGUAAAAGCUUUUAAGAAGACAAACUAUAUUCUAUCGUUUUUUUGCAUUUUGAGGUUGUGUUUACAGUUUACACUAAAGCUGUUAAUUCCUCAUGGCAUGAGCGCUUUAAGGUUUUACAGUGAUGUUGUUGAAUCUGUCUGAAAAGAGAUGGAUGAUUUCUCACAGAGCUGCAGGUGCUGCUGCUUUACUGCCAAACUGAAAACAACAGCCCGAAUAACUAUUCUCUCUCAACUGGACAAGUUUAACAAAGGUAAACAAACACUAUUACAGUACAUGUAAAUUCUGUUUGUAAAAUCAUUAUUUUCAAAGAGGUUCAGAAGGCUCAGCCCUAUGAGAGAAGAUCAUUCAUAAACACUUUGAGCUGAGAACCGACUACUGUUCAGUGUUGUUUUCAUGUAUAAUGUACAUUUGGUUUUGUACUGUGAGCUGUUUUAAAAUGUUCCUUGAUGUUUUCACGCAUGUGAAAAUAGUUGUAAAUAAGCAAUUGGAUUUUAAGACAUUAUGGAGUUCAUGGUUUAAUUCUCAAGUUCACAGUGAUGUCAGGACAGGAUCAAUAAAUCUUCCGUUUCUGGGUCAUUGUAAAUAUUUAAGCACGUGUCACAACGCUGCACUUAAAAUCAGUUUUCAACCCUGAAGCUGUAAUUGUUUUUUGUAAAUGUUUUGAUGCUGAAUUAUUAAAAAUGUCUUCAAGAUGA